AUGCAUCUUCUCCGUUCACUUCUUCUUUUUCUCGGCCUGGCCUUUGGGGUCCUAUCGUCGGGUCUUGCACCCCGCCAUGCUCCUCUUCACCGUCGAGCUUCCUUCCCCAUCCCAGCAGCCAAAGGGACCAAGAGCUUGAGCUCACCCAUGACCGUGUCCGGCACUUUCGACGGCGGUCUGGUCCGCUACGACCGCGGCAAGGCUUGCACCGGACAAGCUGAGGGCGGAGACGCAGAAGCUGUGUUUCUGGUCAAAGAUGGAGGCACGAUCAAGAACGUUAUCAUCGGAGCCAAUCAAGCAGAGGGGAUCCAUUGUCUUGGUUCUUGCACCAUUGAGAAUGUGUGGUGGGAGAAUGUCUGUGAAGACGCUUUGACCAUCAAACAAAAAUCAGGAACCUCAUACAUCAUCGGCGGUGGUGCACAGGGAGCGGAAGACAAAGUAAUCCAGCACAACGGCGGCGGGACUGUUUCGAUCUCUGGCUUCAACGUCAACAGUUUUGGUAAGCUCUACCGGAGCUGCGGCAAUUGCAAGACGCAGUAUAAACGGACCGUCAUCGUCGACGGCGUGGUCGCAACGUCGGGCAAGGUGCUUGUGGGCAUCAACUCGAAUCUGGGCGACACGGCGACCAUUACAAACUCGUGCGCGGAUAGUGUCAAGGUCAUCUGCGAAGAGUUCGAAGGGAAUGAUACGGGGAAGGAGCCGAAGUCCCUUUCCAAGGGCCCGAGUGAGGCGUGUAAAUAUGUGGAUCCAUUGCCGAAAUGUUGA